AUGGCUUCCUUAUCGUACACGGAAGCCGAGGCUUCAGAGACCGAGGCCAAGCACUUGCUCCUUCGACAGGUCGCCAAAGAUGUCACCGUUCGACUCUCGGAACCGCUGCAGGUAGCAGAAAGCAAGUUGCACACCAAUUUGCUCUCAGUGUCCAACGUCGAUGGCCUUGCCUUUGCCGUUACCAACUCCGGCUUUUCCGUCAUCAAGCUGUCCGAGCUCAGAUCCUUCUUCAAGUCUGCUGUUCGCAACACUACGCCAACCUUCGACCAACCAUUACGAUCAUUAGACACGAACGCACUCAGCUCCAUUGCAUCAACACCAACCUUCAUCAGCUCUGCCAACAAUCACAGUUCUGUCUUGGUCGGCUUUCAGAAUGGUGUCAUCGCCGCAUGGUCGGUUUCAGGUCUCGUCAACGGAACCAAGCUCGAACCUCUCUUCACCCUCCAGCCACCGUCACCUGGCCUCUCUCUGAUCGACCUUGUGCCCAAUCCUUCUGAUCGCCCGGAACUCGCAGUGGCUCUUUACCGACAAGAUGGCACACCUGGCGUCAACUCCGGCACCCCCAUCAUGGUGAAUAUCAGCUCCGGUUUCUUCGGUGCUCAACUUGAUGCGACAGGCUCCCGCGCUACAGCCGUUUGCUGGUCGGUCAAGGGUAAGCAAAUCGCGGUUGGUCUCCAAUCCGGCGAAAUUGUCCAGAUCACUCCAGAGGGAGAACGCAAAGAUUGCAUCACCAAGCCUUGGUCUUUGGAAGGGUCAUACUACGUGUCAGACCUUCGCUGGCUCGAGAACCACGUUUUCGUUGCAACGUACAAUCUACCAUCUUCAGGAUCUCCCGACGAUGACCCGGAGCACUCGUACAAAGUCUACACCAUCCUCCGCGAUACCAAGGCAGGACAGAUCACCUUUGCCAAAAUGCCUCUGGAUCCAGCCCCACCAUACGGAGACACAUCUCGUCCAGGCACCCGUUACACAGCAUGGCUCAAAGGAUGGGAGCCCUCCAAACAUCUCGUCUUUGUCGCCAGUGGACCAAGCACUGAUGUCGGUCUCGUUUCUUGCUCUUCCACUGACGCAGGCGCAGCAGCUUGGUCCACCGUAGAGCUCGAAGAGACGUCCAAGCCGAUCUUGCCUUUUUCAUCUGUCGACGAGUCAUCCGAUACUGCCCCUAUCGCCAUCGACUUCGACCUCACCUCAACAGAUGAAGUCGAUGAUCCAAACGCAGUCGCUCGCGGUGAUAGCAACACUACGCUGCCUGCUGUUCCCAUACUUUACGUGUACACAUCGGAUGGCGUACUGCUAGCCUACAACGUCAUCAACACACUGGGUCCCUUCCAAGGCAUGGUCAUGCCUUCGACCACUCCAGCCGCAGCCCCCACUUCCACCCCUUCGUCCGCGACUACACCAGCAACUAGCACCCCUGCUCCCGCUCCAUCAACACCGAGCCAGCCCAGCUCAUCCACGCCAGCAUUGGGAUCCACCUCUGCCUUCGGCCAACCAUCUGCCUUUGGUCAGACAUCAGCGUUUGGCGGCACAAAGUCUGCUUUUGGAUCUGCGGCACCUGCAUUCGGUCAAUCGUCAGCAUUUGCACCACCUUCAGCCGCCUCGACUACAUCACCAGCCUUUGGCUCAGCGUCAAAGCCGAACAGUGGCUUCGGAUUUGGUGCAUUCAGCGAUGGAGCUGGCAACGGCAAGCCUGCAUCCGCAUUCGGUUCCACCGGCUUUGGAUUCGGAUCUGCAUCAAAUGCCGGCAAGGAUAGCGCAACUCCCCCGCCUGCGCCUGAUAGUACGGACAAGGCUGCAUCGACGACAGCGACUGCAACACCGUCAAGGUCGACUUCCGCAACCAGUGGUUUUGGGGCAAAAUCGGCCGCGUCUGCUUUCGGAUCGCCUUCUCCCGCUCCGACUCGGACCUCUUCGACUGGAGCAUCAGCUUUUGGCACCACCUCGGCAUUCGGUCAGGCAGCAGCAGCCAAACAAGCCUUCGGUCAAGGCUCGGCAUUUGGUCAGACGUCAGCUCCAGCUUUCGGUUCGUCAUCCGGCUUCGGAAGUACAUCAGCCUUUGGCUCCACCUCUGCUUUCGGCUCUACUUCUUCUUUCGGCUCUACUCCUGCGUCCGGGUCUGCAAUGUCUUCUCCCUUCGCAUCAAAGACCACAAACAACGCGCAGCCAAGCUCAGGCUCGGCAUUUGGCGCGUUUGGCUCGUCGACCAGCAGUUCGGACAGCAAGACUACCUCCAGUGGGUCUGGUUUCGGUGGCUUUGCGGCAAAGUCCGGCAGUGCUUUCGGCUCAGCUGCCAGUCCAUCUUCAACUUCUUUGUUCGGUAGUGGAGGCAAGUUGGAUAGCAAAGGAACAGAAGCGCCAAAAGGCCUCUUUGGCUCGUCCAACUCCGGUUUGCAAAAUGCCCCAGCUUUGGGCUCGUCAGCUUCGAGCUUUGGCCAGGGAUCUUUCUCCGCAUUUGCAGCUAACAGGGCCACGGAGGAUAAGGAGGCGAAGAGCAAAGGGCAAGAGUCAGCUGGCAAUGGCAACAAAGACUCAGGUAGUUUCUCCUUUGGCGGACUCGGAGACAUGCUCGGCAGCAACGACUCGGCUUCGUCGUCUCAAUCGCAGUCCAAACCGGCAGCGCAGUCCGAGAAGAAGGCUGACGGUACCACGACUCCAGACUCGGGCGUCGACUCGACUGUACAGACACCAAAAAGCGAGGCUGCCUCGAAGCCCUUCUCUUUGAACCCAUCGGCGACCUCUACCAGCAGUACCACCGCCCAGGAUGCUUCGAACAAAGGCGCUCAAGGGGCAAAGGCAACCUCGCCUCCCCAACCUCAGCCAGCCUUCAGUUCUCUCAAACCGGGCUUGAAUGCGAGUGCCAGCUUUGGCAGUCAGCCCUUCUCCUUUGGCAACAACAACAAGGCGAGCCCGCACUCUCCUGCACCGAACGAGACACCUUCAACCGAUGCGCCUGCUGCUCAGUCGAAGGAUACGUCAGCAAACGAGGAGGGUCGGAAGAACGACUUCGGAUCCUCUGACUCCGAUGCAGCAAAGAAGUCCGCUGAGCCGAGCAAGCCAUCUUUCAGCUUCUCUGGCGCUCCCGCAAAAGCGGCUGACCCGCCCGCAUCGUUCUCAUUCAACCCUGCCGACAACAAGGCAGCGAUCGCUGGUCAAGACGGCAAAGCGAAUGCAAAGUCCGCAUCACCUGCCCCCUUCUCCUUUGCACCCUCAGCGAAGCCUGCCGAAAACACUGCUGCCUCCUCCUUGUCUGGAUUUGCAGCAUCUUCUCAGACCAAGUCCGACAGUGAGCAGGCAAAGGAGGCGCCAGCACCAACAGAGACGCAAAAGCCUAGCUUGACCUUCUCCUUUUCCAACAACACGGGUACUGCACAGACAUUGUCAGCUGCGAAACCGUCAGGCUUUGGUGGCUUUGCAGGGUUCUCGACGCCUGCAGCUUCAAACGCAUCCCAGAACAAGGAUGCGCCUGCAUUCUCGUUCGGCAAUCUCAAUAAGUCCGUGGCUUCGCCCACAUCUGGUGCUGUCCCGUCAGCUGAGCCCAGCGAAAAGACAGCACCGGCAAGUGCUGCUGCGUCUGCGCCAGCGACUGCGAAAGCGACGCAAGCAUCCGCGCCAGCCGGCUCCGGCUCAUUCCUUGGCAUCAACUCGAGCGCACCCAGGAGCAGCUCGCCCCUCGCUUCUGCGCCUGUGACCAGCUCGGACGAGACUUCAAAAGGCUCACUUGGGGAGCCAGGUGCACCUGCUGCAAGCACCAACAAACCCUUCUCAUUCCAGCAAGAUUCUUCAAAGCCCGUUUUCGGCUCAUCAGGCUUUGGUGCAAAGCCCGCUGCUGCUGUCCCUGCUUCGGCACCCGUCCCUUCUUUCGACGGGUUUGGUGCUGCGAAGGCAAUGCAACCGUCCGACACCGCACCAAAAGCUCAGACGCUGGCACCUGCCAGCAAGAGCGCAUACGUGCGUUCAGGCAGUCCUCUGGUUGCUGGUCGUACACCUCAGUUGUCUUCAGCAAACAAAGACGGACCAGCCAAGGUGACCGAAAGUGGACUUCAGGGCGAGUUCCUCAAGGCGUAUCUCGUCUUGACGCAGGAACUCGAAGUUCUUCGCUCGAACGUCGACCAGUGCGCUGCUUUUUUGGCCGAUCUCCGUGCUCCGACGGGACGUGCGCAUACAGUGGAGGACUUUGCCGAUUCCUCCAAGUGGUCGUUCGGUGAUCUGCCCAAGAUGCUGAUCUUGGCCAAGUCGCUCAAGCCACUCACCCAACGCAUCGAGGACGAAGCCGCCUCGCACAAACGCAAAGUGGCAGAGCUGCAAAGUCUUCAGCUCAAGGCCGAAGCUAAGCGCGAAGAGGUGGCACGUUUCAUCCGCGCCCGCAGCGAUCCUGAAUUUGCCAAGAUGAUUCGCAUUCGACAACUCGGGCCCGAACAUGUCGAGAACCAGAACAAGCUGCGCAAGGCAAGCCAAGUCGUUCGAGACCGCAUCUUCGAGCUCGAGGAGUACCUUGCUGUACUGAAGGACAAGCUGCAGCAUGCCAAGGCUGGUCGUGCUGCCCUCAAGGCGCCCAGCUUGGAUUCUGUUGCAAGGGCUUGCCGCAACAUCACUGCACGUACGACAGCUGUGACGCUGGAGCUUGACAACCUGGCGCUCGAAAUGGACCUCAUGAGGCCAUCAGACCAGUUUCUUUCGUCUAGGGAGCCUAGCCGUGCGCUAUCACGCUCUGUCUCAGUAGUCAGUGGCAUCGAUGAAGGUGCUGCGCUCAAUGACGUGAGCAGUCUGAUGCAUACACUUCCUGCAGCUACGACGAUCAGGUCUGCAGAUGAAAUCACUCGAGCGGAGAGGAUCAAGAGCGAUAGUAUUGACGUCUUCCUCAAUGCUCGUCAAAAGCCUGCCCUCAAUACCCGCGCUUUUCCUACCUCGCAGCGUUCGCAGAGGAAGACGACUACACCGAUGCAAGGUUCAGACCUUCAGAUUGCUUUUGCUAAGGGACCUGUCCAUCUCGGCAAGCGUCAAUCUUCUGCACCAGCUGCGCCAUCUGCGGCAGCACCACCUAAGACUUCUGCGCCUGCGUCACAAGGUCAAGCGACAGUGCCAUCUGCGGUGCGGUCAAAACCCGCAGCGGACCAGUUUGCAUCAGCUGGAAAGACUGUACCUGUUCCCAUGCUUUCAAACCCUCCCCCACCACCGGCCUCCUCUGCUACGACCGCUACCGCAACAAAUGGUGCUCCACCCCGCUUUGGCUUUCCUGCAUCGCCUGGCCCGAAAUCCAGCGCUUCUGCAGGCCCCGCAAUAGCAACCCAAGCGGCUGCACCUGCCCAAGCUCAAAAGCCAGCGGUUCCUCCCACACCUCUCAGCUUCGGCGGGUUCGGCACUCCGGCUGCUGCUUCUGCAAAGUCCGUGUCACCACCAUUCGCUUGCUUCGGUUCUUCGCCUGCUGUUUCUCUUGCGUCUUCAACCGCUGUGCCAGCGGCCUCAGACAUUGAGCCCUCUGCUUCUGCAACCCCCUUGAACUUUGGCAGCUUCGGUGCGCCAGCUGCUGCCGCGUCUCCAAAACCCGCAGGCAGUCUUUUCACCGGAUUCGGCAAUACACCUGUUCCUGCCUCAGGCACUACCACGACUGCCGCACCAGCAGCUCCAGCUGCAAAGUCACCUGCGCCUUCACCGUUGAACUUAGGCGGCUUCGGCCCGUCCACCGUUGCUGCAGCCAAGCCGUCGGCAGCGCCCUUCAGCGGCUUCAGCUCCUCCUCUACGCCGGCGAUGAGCCAAAACCAGAGCAAGCCUGCGUGGACUCCUGCGUCCGCACCUACGACAAACCCCGCACCGGUCUCAUCUCCGUUCGGUGGUGCCAAACUCUCUGCAAUCAACUUCGGCAAGCUCAACACCAUGCCUGCUGACAUGUUCGAUCUGCCCGCAGAGGAAGACACACAAUUCCAGCCAGGAGGACGCGCGCCAAGCUCCAGUCCCAGCACAAUCCGCUCUUCGCACACCAAGUCCAAGUCAAGAGGUGUCGCCGUCGCACUCCCUCCUGCUAGCAGUACUGGUGGUGCGGAUGCAAUCGCCGGCUCAAAAAACGCCAAUGCGGCAGCUCCUACCAAGGCGGCCUCCGACUUCUUCGCCCAGCCUCUUGCGCCUAAGCCGAAAGAAAUGGCAUCGGGCGUGAACUCAACACCUGCCUUCAAAGGCUUCAGCGGAUUCGGUACUAGCGCGAACAAGGAUGCACCAAAGAGCGAUGCUCCUGACCCUGCUGCAAGCGCAAAGCCUUCUUUCAACUUUGGCGAUCUCGGCAAAAGGGCCGAAACACCGGCUGCGACCUCUUCGUCUGCAGAACAGAACCAGGCAGCCGCUGGUGGCUUCUCCUUCGCCAACUUUGGCAAGAAGGAGACCACGGGUCUAGCUACGUCGGACCAAACGAAGCCAGCCACCACCGGCUUCAGCUUUGGCGACCUUGGCCAGAAGGACGUCGCCCCUUUGAGCACAACUCCUUCCGCUAAGCCAGAGUCUGGAUCAUUCAGCUUUGCCAACUUUGACAAGAAGGAGACGACCUCGCCGGCUAGCUCGUCUGCUCAGUCUUCGCAGCCCGCGACCCCUAGCUCCAGCUUCGCUCCUGCUGCUGCUGUUGCCAAACCAGCCACGGGGAGCAGGGCCGAGGCCCAUGCUGCGGAAACAAAGGACAAGGACGACAAGGAUAAGGAGAGUGCUGAGGACAACGAGGUUGCCAAGGAAGAUGAAGACUUCAAGGACAGCAAGGCGGAUGGGAACAAGGACGAACCAAAGACUGAGGAGCCUGGUGAGGGCAAGGAGACGGUCAAGGGCGAGGAUGCUAGGGUCGAGGAUGUCAGGGACAAGGAUGCCAAAGACAAGGCAUUGCCCGACCCGAACUCCUUCACGUUCUGCAAGCCAUCCGAGCCGAGGAACAAGGAACCAUUGACAGAGCAAGCCUCGUCUGAGAAGAAGGAUCCGGCUGCUGCUACUCCUGCUCCUCCGUCCUCAUCCGCCCCCGCUGCCAAGUCGACACCUUCUUUUAGCUUCGGCACUCCUGCGCCCGCAGCCAGCUCAGAGAAGGGAAGCGCAGAGCCAGCAAAGUCUGACUCGAAGCAAGCGGAGGUAAUCAAGGCUUCCGCAGCCAAGGAAGCGUCAGACAGCGACAAGCCGGCCGGAGACUUUAGCUACCCACCCAAGCCCAAAGCCGAUGAGAAGUCUUCCACUUCAUCCACAUCCAGCACUGCCUCAGCAUUCAGCUUCGCACCCAGCAAGCUUGACCCCUCUGCCUCGCAGACUGCUUCUGCAUUUGGUGCAUUCAAGUCUAGCCCCGGUUUUGGCUUCGGGGCAUUCUCCAAGCCCACCAAGUCCAACACGGCUGGAGAGUGCAGCGCUACUAAGUCGGCGCCUGCGUUCAGCUUCGCUCCCAAAGCGAAUGCCUUCAGCUUCAACCCGCAAGCGAACAAGCCAGAUGAAGCACUCAAGACGGCCUUCGGUAGCGUUUCUGCAUUCGGCGCUAUUGGAGGAGGCAAUUCCUCCAGCCCUUCUACACCCGUCAAGUCGGAGGAAGGUGCGGCUAUGUCAGCUUUCAGCUUCAGCGGCGGGGGCGGAUUUGGCGCAUUUGCAUCGAGCAACAAGACUUCAUCUUUUGCUAGUGCUUCUCCACCUGCGAAGAAGGAAGAUGCGGGUGACAAGAGUGGUGCAUCCUUGCUUUCGAGGCUUGGCGGUGCGCCUACACGAGCUGCUUCCGAGUCUGGUGAUGAGGAAGAGGAUGAGGAUGAUUACGAGGACGAAGAUGAGGAGGAGGACGAAGAUGAGGAGGACGAAGAUGAAGAGGACGAAGAUGAAGAGGACUACGAGGACGAGGAGGAUUACGAAGAUGAGAAUGAAGACGACUAUAAAGACGAAGAAGAUGAUGAAGAGGGUAGGAAUCAAGAUGAUGUGGACAGCGGUUCCGGCCACGACGAUACCAGCGCUGACAACACGCUCGAUGAGAGCGCUGUUCACGUUAGCAAAGCUGAUGCUCAGGAGCCAGGUGGAGAUCAAGCCUCGGAUGAACAUGAGGACGAGGAUCAAGAGAAUGAGGACGGUGAGGAAGAUGAGGACGAGGAAGAAGGCCUGUCCGCCGUUGAGGAAGAGCCGGAAGAAGAAGAACAGGCGGCUGCUGAGGAGCAGAAGAAGGAAACCACAGACGAGAAGGAUUGA